AUGCGCAACUAUAAGAGGAAGACUGAUCGAGGGACCAAAUCCGUGGAACUGAUGAAACAGGCUGUAGAAUUAGUCAUUAAAGAAAAGCAUUCGAUUCGAUCAAUUUUAACUGCGGAUCAAGAAACCAGUUUAACUGAUUACUUGCUAAAACUGUCUAAAAUUUUUUAUGGCAUUGGACCUAAGGAAGUUCGUCGCUUGGCGUACGAUAUUACUGUCAAAUGCGAUAUAAAUAUUCCCCGUUCUUGGCAUACUAACAAAAUAGCUGGGUCAGACUGGUUAACAGCAUUCUUAAAAAGAAACAAAAGUCUUUCUAUAAGAAAACCCGAAGCUACAAGUUUGAGUAGAGCGACAUCAUUUAAUAAGACAAAUGUUAACAACUUUUUCGAUAAACUCGCUGAGGUAAUGGACAAGAAUAAGUUCACAGCAUCAUCAAUAUGGAAUGCUAAUGAGACAGGUGUUUCAACAGUUACACAGCCAUCGAAAAUUAUAGCUGCUAAAGGUAAACGAAAUGUUGGCUCAGUUACUUCGGCGGAAAGAGGAAUUAACGUAACUGUAUUAGUAGCAGUUUCAGCAACUGGAAUAUCUAUUCCACCAAUGUUUGUGUUUCCUAGAAAAAAAUAUCGUGAUUAUUUCGUGAGAAAUGGUCCGCCAGACUGUAUCGGCAUGGGUAAUGCUAGUGGGUGGAUGACAGAUGUGAAAUUUUAUGGUUUUAUGAAUCACUUUAUUAAAUACGUAAGACCUUCGAAGGAUUCUCCUCUGUUGCUCUUUGUAGAUAACCAUUCAUCGCAUCUAUCAAUAAAAACUUUGGAUUUAGCUAAAGAAAAUGGCGUCGUGAUGCUCUCGUUCCCGCCACAUUGUUCUCACAAGCUUCAACCUCUUGAUCUGGCUGUAUACGGAUCAUUUAAGAAAUAUUUGUCAUCAGCUCAAGAUGGGUGGUUGAGAUCUAAUCUAGGAAAGACUAUGACGAUCUACGACAUUCCGUCAAUAGUCCGCACAUCCCUACCAUUAGCAUUGUCUAUCACAAAUAUUGUAAAAGGUUUCGAAAGAUCUGAAAUAUUCCCAUUUAAUAAAUAUAUAUUUAAUGGAAGCGACUAUGCACCAAGUUAUGUGACCGAUCGAUCUGAUCCCAUGGAUCAUGAAGAUUUGCCGUCAAAAACGUUGAAUGUUGUUGAAAUAGAAACUCAUAGUCCUGUGGCGUCAAUGUCUAAUGUUAUUUCUCCAGAAGUUAUUUGA